AUGGAUGGUUUAAUUCACGCGGCAUUGGAAGCAGAGGUAAUACUUAAUCGAGCCAAACAUGUGAAUUCAAGCCUAUCGCAUUGUGACACUGGUGUCUCAGAUCAUAAAAUGACUUGGACCCAUGAAAAAAUGCAUUUAGCAGAAUCUGUUGAUGAUACAAGGAUAAAAUUUCAAAGGAGUGCAGCUACUUCUGGAAUUAAAAGUGAAAAGUUUGACUUGUUUAAAAAGUUACAUGAAUUAUACAAUGAUUUGAAUCGAGAUGAAUUGUCGCAAGCUAGCUAUCAAGGGCUUAAGACAACAUCAUACUUGUUGGAGAAGCUUCUAGCUACAUAUAACUUGAACACAUUAAUAAUCAAUUUGUAUCCAGGAAAUAAAGGGUACUCUCUAUCUCUUAAAGUUAAUGGCAAUACCCAACAUUUACAGCCACCUGAUGGAAAUACCUCAACAAAUCAAGAUGAGACCUUAAUAGAAACUCCUAGAUGGCCUUAUGAGGAAGAAGAACUCCUAAGCUAUAUAGAUAAUGAAGAGCUCCCAGUGGUGCUCUUAGACUUGUUAGAGUCGGAACAUUCAUGUUUAUUUUAUUCAGGAUGUAUAAUAGUACAAGUCAGGGACUAUAGACAAGCUUACCCAAGUUUUAUGUGCGACACUCAUCAUGUUCUUCUGAGGCCUACAAACCAGAGUAUAAUAACAGAUGCCAUGUGCAUUGGUAGUAAAUGUGGGUUAGUGGGUGAAGAGAGAAGUGCAAUAGAAGCUGUUGAAGCAGCUUUGGUACAUGCAUCUGCUCCUCCUCUAUGUCUCGAACCAAGACCGGCAGUGGGUUUAUUGGCUGCAAAAUUACAUGCUGCUCCCAGACUGUUUAAUACUCCGAGAAUAAGGCGACAAGCAAAACGAUUUUCCCAGGUGGCUGUAAAUAGAAAAAGAAAAUUGGAUCAAUUCACACAUUAUCAUGGUCUGGAACUUCUAGAAUUAAUACACAGGCAAAGAGCGAAGAAUAGUAGACAAUCUGUACCCCACACAAGGCUUACAUCCAAAUAUCCUAAGAAACCACCAGAGGUAUUCAAGCCUAUAGAGCCACCAAAAAUGGACCCCUUACCAUUAGCACUACCGUCCGAGCCAAGUGGACCUUUACGAUUAGCGAGGGCCUAUGAACGUCCGCGACCUACACCAGACUGUCAACCUCAGUUAGUUGAAGAGUACAUUCUUGAAACAGAAAAGACCUCACCCCAUGCUGGAGCAGGAUUCUUCCAUAUAAAACUGAGUAUAUUGCAAAGGCCAUCUGAUCAAGAAUUCCUUGGUGAAUUGUAUGUAGAUAGAGACCAUGUAGAGGGAGAACGGAAUGGAGCAGCAUGUCGGUUUAGUUUAGGGUCCCGCUUACAAGCAAACAAGUACAUACAACAGUUUACAGAGAUAUUCACAGAAGAAGGACGGAAGUCGGUUCGAAUAAAGCACAUAGUUCCUGGUCAACUGCCAAGAGUCUCAUUUACUGGGGGAAUGAGAGAAAUUCAACAAGGGCAACAACAACUUUUGCUACAACAGCGGCAGUCGGCAGCAGCCAAUAGCGCCACUGUCCAAACGCAUGCAACUACUGUCCCUGUUGUGACGUCAGCUAUAGCUACUCCAACAGUGCAUCCAAAUACAAGACAGCUGCCAAUAUUGCAGGCACAACUGCAACAAGUUGCCACAGUGGGAAGUGUUGGUGGUGUUACCGCAGUCGGUACGGUCGUGGGAACGGUAGGAAACGUCGGCAAUGUUGCUACAGUCGUCGGUACCGUAGGUAAUGUUACUACGGUACCUGCGGUGGCCAGCAUACCGGCAGUGGCCGGAGUAGCAGUUGAGACGGCCCUCAAACAACAGCCUUCUCCAACUCCAAGAUUGUCGCCACAAGUACAUGAUAUCCAUUCGACGCAGGCGUCCACAAACCAGUUACUAGCUCAGCAACUAACAAAUCCUCCGCAACCACUCAACCCACAGAAGAUGCAAUCUGCUAUAAUCCAUAUACAACAUCCAUUGAUGUCUUCAGCCGGCACUUCACAGGUUCAAACUAUACAGUACACAAGUGCAACAACGGCGCAGCAAAAGGCAACCGUAACGAAGCCAAGAUCGACGAAUCCGGCCAUCAAUGCCCUUGUAACUAGUCUCAUGAAUUCUGCACAGCAGUUUCAGCAAGCUGCAAGUCAAAACGCUGCAAAGUCAGUAGCGAGUACAGCAAGCAGCAACGCGACGAUAUUGAACCUGCUGAACAGUGCACCAGCCGCCAUGACGCACGUGACGUCAUCAGCUGAUAACUCCCUAGAGCAUAAGCUUCUCACAAGAACAGUGUCUAUUGCUGGUGGAAGACUGAUUGCUGCUACAACAGCGACUCAUACGCUACCAACGUACACCCAGCAGGUAAUGACAGGGUUCACACGCGACAAUGACUCGACAAAUGUAUCGAGCAGUGAAAGUGCGCUAUUGGAGAGGCUGAUGGGCGAUGACAGCACCACCACCCAAACCCAGCACCAGGCGCAACCACAACCUCCCCCACAGCCGCAACCGCAGACUGCGCAACCAGUUUGUCAUUUACAGGGUGUGAGUCUCGCGUCCCUCCAAACGCUACAAAGCCUGCCCGGCCUAGCUGGUCUACAGGGUGUUCAGAAUGUGCAAGUGCAGAUACCGGGUCUGGCAGCACCGAUCUCCUUGUCACUGAACGUGUCUGGUGCGCCCAGCGGUUUGCUCGUAUCGGUACCGCCCACUACGUCCGUUGUACUUGCUAAUCAGCCCUCGGUGUUAAGUUUGCCCAUUGCACAGCUAAUGUCAGCUGGUGUGAAAGCGGGUGUCAGAGGGGGGACGGUUCAAGUCGUUCGUGGCGCAAGACCAGCUCGACUUGCGCGACCGGCCACUAGGCCCACCUUACAAGCUGCCGGUACCGCUCAGUUCAUCACCCAGCCGCAAACGCAAACGUUGAAUGUGCAUCAGGUGAGGCGGAAAUCGAACCCGGACAGUUCAUAG